AGGCAAUGGGGACGCGCCCUGGGGGCGCCCUGGCUGCGGGCCGGGCCGGGCGUUGGGGGCUCAGCGGCAGCCGGCAGUGAUGACUCGGCAGGGCGAUGGGGGCGCGGGCCACACAGAAGGAAAAGUGAACUUGCAUGGCUGGGAAAGCAUGGGCGGGGGUGUUGUGGAUGCUCCCGUUUGGUUUUCACCUGACGUCAUUUUUCUUUCUGGUCCAGGGGCCUCCCUGAUGCUUGGAGCAGAAAGAAGGCGCUGGUGGCUGGCAUCACCUUGGACAGGAGCUGGAGACUAGCCAGAUAAAGAGCACUGAACAAAUGCUGGUUCCAAAUCCCUGGCAGGGAUCAGAACGCCUCUGCUGUGCUGAAAGCCGACCCGAGCACAGAUCGUGAGCGGGCAGUUACAGGAGCUGCUGCCUGUCUGUCUAGUUGUACAAUGUCCUUUCAUUCGGGACACCAGGUAUACCUUUGCAAAUUUAGUGGUCCACGUCGUGGUGUCAGAAUCGCUGCAGACACAAGUCCCCCCUGAGGUGGGCGCCUCGUCCCUUGUCAACUGCACGCCUAAUACAGUGUGCACAGCCGUCACCAGGAAACGCUGCGGCCAGGGCACUGCUGACCUGCUUGCCGACUCACGUGUGGUUCUUAAGUGUCUUUUCAGAAUGCUCGGAGGCUCCUCUCAAGUUUCCUUGCAGAGAACCCUCACAAGGGUGUUGCCUGUAAAUGGCCUGAAUUUCUCAUUUGUACCAGUAGGUUAAAGAAGGAAUCCUCAAAACCCAGCAGCUGAAAUACCAGUUCAUUAGUGCAUUUAGCGCAAAGCACGGGCUCAGAGGCCUCCUGCGCAGGAGCCCAGGAGAGGGGAGGUUCCGGCCAGUGAUGAGCGGCCGCGUCCCGCUGGCAGAGAAAGCCCUGUCCGAAGGCUACGCCCGGCUCCGGUACCGGGACACCUCCCUGCUCAUCUGGCAACAGCAGCAGCAGAAGUUGGCAUCUGUGCCGCCCGGGACGUACCUAAGCAGGAGCCGAAGCACGUGGUACUCACAGUACGGAAAUGAGGCCAUCCUCGUCCGGGACAAAAACAAGCUGGACGUCUCCCGGGACACGGGGCAAUCCAAGUUUUGCUCUGUUAUGUAAUUCUGGUGUGAAAGCCUGAGCCCAGGCACCCAGCCGCCUUGUUGAUCCCUAGUCCUUACUGGGAGAUCCUGAACAGUGAACGUGAAGGUUGAGCUGUGGUAGAAGAACCCCAAAAUCCCAGAGAUGGCGCCCCGGCCCAUUCGCAGUCGGGCUGAUGGGUGGACUGGGCUCCUGGACUCCAUUCUGAUCUUGCAGGCGCUGUAGGCACAGGCCAGGUCCGGGGCCCGGCUAGAUGCUGUUUUGGUCAUGCUUCCGAAUAAGUCAAGCGGGAGGGACACCCCGGUUACAGACCCACCUCGUCACAUUCUUACAGGCUGUCCUUUAGGUUUCCCUUCUGCCUGGUAAAGAGUGGGUCAGAUCUAGAAAAAGGUGAAGGAAUUGGCAUCAUGUCGGGUCGCAGAUCCACGUGCGGGACCACGAUGUGCGGGACCAAGACGGAUUCACCCUAAACGGUCGUCGGCAGCAGCAUUUCAGCAGGGACUUUGUGGCACUUGAGUUUUGAGUCUAGUAACCAAAAUGAUCACUGCGUGUGAUGCACUGUGAUGGCUCCUACACUAGCUUCCUGAUGCUGGAGGUUUGUGGGGCAAAGGCAUCCCCAAAACAUUAAGGAAACCCCCAAAUUAUUAAGUUACACAAAAGCUGCUAACAGUGAUUUCAAAUUUAAUCACAGGGCUGAAAUAGGCAGGUCCUCAGCGGACAGCAGUUCAGCCUCUACUCCGAGGCUGCACCUCCCGGCCACCUGCAGUGUUUGAUGUGCGUGGGCCGUGAUCACACACAAGCAGCCUCGGCCCACCUGUGUGGGCAGCUUUAUGAGUCAUUUUUAAAGGAUUUGCUGUCUGCUGUAAUUAAGGUCUGUGUGGCGAGGUAAACGUGGAAGUGUCUUUUGUCAAAGCUGAGUUUUCUUUUCUAAAUAAAUCUCCUUUAGGAGCCGCCUUCCUUCCUCACUCCUUAUUUUGAUCUGUUUGCUCCUAAUAUCCUAACGUGGCUUUCAGGUUUUUUUUUUUUUUUUUUUUACAACAGUAACAUCUAACGAUUGCUAAAAACCCCAGUGCAGAAACGCAUGAAGCGCCCUCCCCAGAGGCAGCGGCCGUCAGCAGCUCGGCGCGUGCGUGUGCCGAGCUUCCGGAGGCGGCAUCCCGCACCACGCAGCGCCUGGUUCUGUGAUGUUUUGCUCAGCUGUACAGACGGGGCGAUUACGUCACGCUUCCAGCGGCCUGCUGGCAGCGCUCCCGUGAGCCCACAGGUGGGCAGAGACCUUCCGGCUGUCCAUGCACACGGCACGUCCUGGGCUUCCCCUUGCGUGGCUCCUCGUGCAGGCGUGCUUAGCAGACAGCAACCAGAAGGGAGCUGCUGGGUCAGACUGCUUUCCCCCGACGUCACGUGUCCAGCCAGAGGCCUGGUCCUUGCGCAGGGAGCCUCGGCUUGCUUACUGCCUCAGGUGGGGAGGCUGGAAGGCAGAUUUCCUUAAGCACCUCCCCGAGGCGAAGAGGGAAGCCUGUCUCGUCGACACAGUCAGGAAGGACUCUGCAGCAGAGGCUCGCCCGUCCAGGCGCCCUGACACUGGAAUUCCCCAGUAGACAGGCCUUGUCGGCAUCUCUGCGCUCCUUCGACUUCAGUUCAGUUUGGGAAGGCGGCAAACUUCUGACUUAGCUGGAAUGCCUCUGUGCUGCAUGCUCGCUGCCCCUCAGACUAACCUAGAAACGGGCUGUGAUUGGCUCAGCCGCAAAGCACAGAGGCGGUGGCCGGGAAAGCAAGCACGGGCCACGGCCGCCGUCUGCACUGGUCGGGUGUGCAGGUGACCGACGUGCCCUGGGCCGCUCGCACACAGCUGGCACUAAGCUGCUUAGCGAGCAGGGAGGCCACGUCUGCCCUGGGGACGCCUGGGCGGCUGGCCCUCCCGGCUGGGGCUGGGGAUGCCGCGGCGGACGUGCUCAGUCCCCGUCCUCGGGGAGCUCAGUCUGGGUGACGGGGGGCAAGGGAAUACAGGGGAGGGGGGCCUCGGGCCUGGACUCGGGCAGAGCCUUCUCCCGGGACGUCACUGCAAGGCUCGGCUCCAACAGCUGUGACUGUUUUGAAAACGGCGUCAGGACUUGGCAUUUGUCUCGAUACCUCCUUCAUUCCUUGCUGCCGCCUCCACUGUGGACGAAACCUCAGCGCGCACAACGUCUCGACGUGGUUUCCUGGAAACGUCCGUUGGGCCAGCGGACGAGCGUUUGAUGCCUCUGGUCCCGGAAAGCACCUCAGUGCAGACUGAGGGCACAGCGGGGACAGGGGAUGGAUGACCGAGCAGGCGGGAACCGAGGCGACCGAACCUGUGGGUCAUGGAGGGGGGCGGCCCAUCCACAGAGCUGCUGACCUGAAAAGGUGACAAAGCCGCUCCCUAAAUCCCAGGGGCACCCCACCCAGGCUUUGGACCAGAGCCACUGAGCUCUUUAAGACCCUCUGGGAUGCUUUGGGUAUUCCUGCCAGAAGCUACGGGAUGUCAAAACGAGGGACUCCCCCCGUCGUCACACGCCAGCAAGGGGAGAGCUGGGAGCCCAGAAAGCACAGGAUACGGCACCUCUUUUUUUUUUUUUUUGCUUUUAUUAUGAAAACAAAACAAAUGCCCCAGGAGAAGGGUCCAUGAUUACCAGAAACAUCAAAGAGUACUUUCUACCACUUUUAUUCUGUUGUGUUGAGGCCAGCAUUGCAAUAAACAAGCUAAAACUACUUACGCCGGGCUCAUUUUCAGUAACUGACAUUUACAGGAAUAUACUAGAAACGGCACUAAAAAGUUUAAGAAAAGUUACGGUAAACUUGCAUGCACAUCAUACAGAAAAGUAACAUUGUAAACAUAAAAGAAAAACCUCCUGGAAGUGUUAUGCCAGUAUUAGGGAACAGCGCUACACCAGGUGUAACAAAUCUUUUAUCGUGGGCGGUGUUCCCCCCUCCCCCGCAAACUGUAAAAGAUGUGAAUGUUGCAAAAGAACAAAAACCAAAAAACAAACACAGAAGAAAAACGUAUCUUAACAGUUUGUAAGCAAGAUGAGUGAGCAAGCAUCUCUGGAAUUCAGUUAACAGCCCAAGCCGCCCCCUCGACCCCCAGGGAUCACGAGGACUGUUUCACAGCCAUUUCUGUGCCCUGCACGAGGCCAACCCACCGAACACAGGCCCUAAGCCUCGACAGGCUGCCCUCCGGUUCUCGGCACUGGAACUCCGCUUGCCCAACGCAGAGAAAUGGAAAUGGCGAACACCCACAGGCUGACCUUGGGGGGGGGGGGCGGUGAGGGGGUGGAGAGGGUCCCCCCAAAACUCUGAAAUCAGUUUUGAAGUCUGGACAGAAAGCCUUAAAAAAGCCAAUGAACUACAACCGCUCAGCACGGACUAAGCCCUCCGGCAGCGUCUAAGCCAGCAGAUCUUUCAGAGGAAAGGAGCACAGGUGGCUGAGACUCCACAUCUCUCCCAACACGGAACCAGCAGGUAAGGAAAUGCUAUGCUCCCGCUGUGCUCAGCUCUAGGGCCCGAUGUCCCCCGCUGAGUGGCUGGCACAGGUGACCCUCCCCGCUCGCUCGCGGCUGGAGGGGCGCCCCACGGGAGCCCCCAGCACCUCCAGGCCCCCCAGUUGGGGUCUGUUUGUUACUCAGAUGCGUGCCUGCUGCAUUCUGCCCAUGAGAUCCCGCUUCAGGACCUUCCAUCCUGUCGUAAUUCCUUCAAGCCAUAGGUUGUUUACUCCAUUAAAGAUCUGCUUAGAAAACACCUUUGAAAAACAGGGCAGCUUUAAAAAACGGCAAGUCUAAAAUUCAUUUAUAUUUUUAUUACAAACAAAACUUAAUGAAAAAACUUGAACAGACUGGCUCAAAACUCACCCAAAGGUCAGAAUCACCAGCAGUCAGAAAAAUGGUAACCCACCAUCCAUCGCGUCAUCAGAGUUCUAUACCCAUCAGAGGUAUCCUCUAGCCAUAAGUGUUAGUGGGAUCCAAGUCGACUUUAGGAAUUUUAGAAACCACCGCCUGUUAGGAUACCAACGACUAGUCUCCCGAUCCAUCCAGAAGUGCUGGCAGAAAGAACUCGCCACCAGACAAGAGGCCAGGCCACCCCCAGCACCCCCGUCAGUAAAGUCUCACGGGGAGAGAGACUAUUGCGGUCACUUCUGUGCUAACUGGAAAAUGCGUGAGCAGGGAGCCCCGUGCCGCCACUGCUGGCGGCUGGAAGACCGCGUGGGGCAGCGGGGGCCGCGCCCCUCUCCUGGAGGU